CAUGGGGUAAUCGUAAUCAGUAAUCGUAAUCAGCUGUAAUCGAUUACAUUUUGUCAUGUAAUCACAUGUAAUCAGUAAUCAUUCAUUUUCUGAUUACAAGUAAUCGGAAUGUAAUCGAUUACAUUGCAAAAAACAGGUGUAAUCAUGAUUACUUUUAGAUUACUUUUAGAUUACAUUUAUAUGAUUACUUGAUGAUUACAAAUUUUAGAGACAUAAUUUAUUUUUAAAAUAAAUCAUGCUUGCACAUUAAACUUAGGUUUACAAUGUUUUACAUUGUCCAAUUGUCAUUGAUCUUUAUUACUGUUUGAAAAAGUUUUGUAUAACUAUGGUUAAGAUUUGAGAUUGAUUUAAGAUUUAAACUAUUUAAUUAGAAAAAAGUGAAACAUGUUUAUUUUCUAUACUUCAGUGAUCACACUGGUUUAAACUAGAAUUUUCUUAGUAUUAACUCUUGCAUUGAAAUCUACUCACUAGUUAUUUUCACUCUUUUUAUUGGAUAUUUAAAUUUUCUUUGUUGAAAGAUUUUAUUUAUAUUAUAAGUCUAUAACUAAGCUUUUAUCUUUAAUUUUUGAAUUGGAUGUUAUGUUGAAAUUUAUAUAAAAUGUCUGCUUUGAAACACUUUGUGUUUCCCGAUCAUGCACCAAAUUCUGGGACUGUGAAGGCAAAGUGCAAAUAUUGUCCAACAUACAUCUCUGGCAAUGCCAAAACAACAUCAAACUUUGUGACACAUUUAAAGAGAAAGCACAGAGACAUUUUCAUUCAAAGUAAAUCUGAGGAUGGUACACAAAUAUCGCAAACAAAUAUAAGCAACUUUACAAAAUCUACAUCAGUUUCAAAAUACUCUGCCAAUGAUGCUUCUCAAAUACAGAUUACAGAUGCUUUGGUUUCAUUUGUAGCUGGAAAUUUAACACCACUCUCAGUUGUAGAGAGUCCUGAAUUCAAGACCUUUGUCGAAUCAUUGAAUCCAAAAUAUCAACUUCCUAGCAGGAAACAUCUUUCUACCAAACUAUUACAUCAGAAAGCAAGCAAUAUUCAAUCAAAUAUAAAGGAAAAAUUACUAUCAGCAGAAAGUGUGUGUCUGACUAUCGAUUUAUGGUCUAAUCGUCAGAUGAAGGGAUUCUUAGGAAUCACAGGUCAUUUCAUACUUGAUUGGUGCAUGAAGUCUAUCAUGGUAUCUUGUAAACGUUUUAAGGGGAAACACUGUACUGAGAAUAUACGCCAGGAAUAUGAAGAGGCAGUUGCUUGUUACAAUAUUGCAGACAAAAUUACACACAUUAUAACUGACAAUGCUUCAAACAUGACCAAAGCAUUUGACUUCAGUCUCCCGGGAUAUACAUGUAAUAAUGAGGAAAAAAAUUCUAAAUCAGACAGUGAAGAUGAAAAUGACGAAUCUGAAUUGGAACCUAUUUAUAUUGACUUUCCUGAAGAUGAUUUACCAAAACAUGGAAGAUGUUAUGCUCAUACCCUACAACUGGUGGUAAGAGAUGGAUUAAACGAUGCUAGUCCACAUUUAAAAACAGUUAUCAGUAAAGCAUCAAAUAUUGUAAGAUAUGUGCGAAAGUCCAUAAAUGCAUCUGACAUCCUAGAAGGGGAGAAAAGGCUACAAGCUGACAACGCAACACGGUGGAAUUCACAAAUAACUAUGAUUCGCUCUGUUCUUGAAGUGUCUGAAGAAAAGUUGAAUAAACUAGAUACAAUUAAACUCACUGGAUAUGAGCGUAAACUAUUACAAGAACUAUGCUUAGUGCUUAAGCCUUUUGAGGAUGCCACAAUAAUGGUACAAAAGGAAAUUAAUGUGUCAGGAAGUUUAGCUGUUCCAGUUACACUAGGACUUGAACACAAACUUGCAGAACUGUCUACCACAUACAACAACAAAAUGGUUUCAACACUGAUGUCCUCAAUGACAAAACGACUAUCAUGCUUUAAAUCUGAAGAUGUAUAUCUGAUUUCAGCAAUAUUGGAUCCUAGGUUCAAACUAAGAUGGUCAAAAGAUCCAGUUGCAAUGGAGGAGAAGCUUCUAACAUAUGCAAGGAAGCAAAAAGUUGAUUGUGAAAAUUACAGUGAUGAAAGUUUUCCCCCAAGGAAGAUGUCCAAAUCUGAUGACACAGGAUUGUUCAGUUUCAUGACACCAACAAAGGGGAGGAAAAAGCAUAUCUCAGGUGAUAUUGUUAAAAUGGAAAUUUCGCAAUACCUUCUUGAGCCAUGUGAUGAUGCAUGUGAUCCAUUAAAGUACUGGAAUGACCAUACUGAGAUAUACCCAAUACUGACAAAACUUGCAAAGACUUAUCUCACAAUUCCUGCUACUUCUGCUCCAAUUGAACGACUUUUUAGUGUUGCUGGAAAAUUCUUUAGGCCAGAUAGAUGCAGACUUAGUGAUUCAACCUUUCAAAUGCUGAUGAUGAUAAAAUGCAAUGAAAAAUUUGCAAUUGCAUAAAGGACUUAUGGCUGCAUUAUCAAACAGUACAAGUAUCACUUUACUUAACUUGUAUAUAUUUAUGAUAUUAAAAAAAUUCUAUAGAUUUAGUUUGUUGAUGUUAAGUAAAAUAUACAAUGUAAUCAUAAGUAAUCACAAGUAAUCAUGAUUACAAUGGAGAAAAGUAAUCUAAUGUAAUCAAUUACAUUUGAAAUUGGGUGUAAUCAUAAUGUAAUCGAUUACAUAAAAUAAGCAAAGUAAUUGUAAUGUAAUCGAUUACAUUUCAAAGUAAUCGACCCCAU